AUUGCUUGUAUGUUUUGUAUGAGACAAACCAUAAUAAGCUGAGAUUUUUAGCCAUGCAAGUAUUUUGGACAUGGAUGCAGAAAUUCAUGUUCCAUAACACUGAAUUUUUAAAACCUCUUCAUUCAGCUAAGUUUACCCAUUUGGAUUGAUCCUUUCAUCCUUACUGGUUUACCCUAUCACAUUCAAACUCUCAUCUUUGGUUCCAACCUUGCUUGCUUGCUUCAAGAAAAAGAGUUUCAAUGAAAUCUUUAACCUGGAUUUUAAAUCCUGUGCACCACCUUCACCCACAUGUGACUCAUGUUUAUGUCUGAACCACAUUUGUCAUCCCAGACUUGGAGUGGAAUCAUAGAAAUUUGUGCAGUGAUACCUUCAGUUGUGUCACUGCUUGUGUGGGGAGGUGAUUGACAUGAUCUCACUUUGUUUCCUGUUUCUAGCUACCAUUUCUCUGAAGACUGGAGAAAAAAAAAACAAAAAAAACUGACAUGCUGUCACGCAAACACACACACACCGAAGGGCAAUUACACAUACUUCCUUUCCUGCUUUUUUUGGCUCAUAUUUAAUCAGAAAUCUACAGAUGGUUUCAAGUCAGAAAGCUUCUUUCGGAUGGUGAAUUCACCGGGGUUCUGGCCUGGAAACGUGAUCUGUUGUCUACCUACCCAGUUAGUGGAACUGACACUCAGACUCUCAUCUGACUUUCACAGUUUACUCAGCCAACAUGUACUUGGUAAGUAAGAAUUUUCAGGUCUUGUGUUCUUUAUAUCAUCCUCACAUUUGUUUUUUGUGUUUGUUAUUACUUUUAAUGAAGUUUCUUCGAGUACAUUAUGAGGUAACUUACAAUUGAUACAGAAGUAUGACUCAAUGUUUGCUACAAAAGGUCACUCAAAAUGUUUGUUUUUAUUUUACAUGAUAGGAACUUAUCAGUGGUAUGAAAUGUAAAGUAGUACUACUAUCAUACAAAUUCUCAGGAAAACACUGUUUGUAGUUUCAACAGGAAGUACUUUUUGGUAAUCACUUGAACUGUGAAGCAUCAGCAAAUAUGAAUAAAUUUACUGUUAAGUCUUUGACCAACAGUCCAAGUAGAAAAUAGUCAAACUGAUUAUGGCUAGAAAACACCCCAAAUCUCACAAAAAUAAUAUUUAAUAGGGACCAAAACUCCUAAUUUUUUAAUACUAGUUGCUCGUCAGUGUUAUUUUGAUCAAAUACCAUUAGGGCACUUAAAAAUUUCUACAACAUGGUGUUUAUCAAGGCCAGACAAGGAUCCAUUGCAAAAUGAUGUGGGGACUACUCGAAAGGAGAGCUCACAGAUGUUACAGAUGUUUCAACAGUUAACUUUGGGUCUGUUUCACCCUCCAUCAGUUGCAUGCUUUUUGGUUCGAAGUACUCCACAGGCCCUUGUUAGAUCAGAGAAAAGUUUGCAAAACUGUUUUCAGCAGUCGAUGAGGAGUGUUUGGGAUGCGAGUCCAUGAAUCCACAGUUUUUGGUAAAUGGUGCUCUGCUGUCCUUUAAAUCUAUGUCACAGAUGUCAGUAUAACCUUUGGUCAAGAGAGUCAUGUGACAAUUCAUCAGAACAUAAAAAAAAAAAAAAUUGCUGGAUAUCAAAGGUAUUAAAAUGGCUUGAUAAAUUCUGUGAGCCAUACUCACAAUUUAGCUGUCCCUUUGUCAUGGAAGCUGUGGUGUCAAAGGGUUGAGCCAGUUGAUUUAGUUUAAUUUUCCCAUGUAGACAUUAUUUUAGAAUGACAAACCUCAUCUUUUUUCAGGUUAUCCCUCUGGCUCUUGUCUUCUUUUCCACCGGACUGAGUUACAAUGACAAUACAGGACAAAACAGAAGUUCAUGCUAUGACAUUUGUCCAGCUGGUAAGUCAUACCAACCAUCUAUGUACAUGAACUUUGUACUAUGGAGAAUUUAUCUCAUGUUAACUACAUAUUCUGCUCUUUCCUCAAGGGUACUAUAGAAAGGGUGACUGUAAAAAUGCAGUGAAAAAGAUGAGAUGUGAAAAAUGUCUUGGAAACACAUACACAAAUGAAGAAAACUCUUUACCUAAAUGUUUACGGUGUUCUCAAUGUCGGUGUAAGUAUCUUACCAUUAAUCUUGUCAGGUUUAAAAGAAACACUUCUCAGUUUUGGUUAUUUGUACAAAUUUUUGAGGUCUAAUUUCAUCCCAAAGAAUGACUUGGAUAACACUUUGUGGCUGGAUUAUUUAACAUACAAUGUGACCGAAACACUAUAUAUCAAUAUUCCCCCAGACUAUGAGGUGCAAGUACAGCGCUGCUUCGAUAAUAAUGAUGCUAAAUGUGAGUGUAAAAAGGGACACUACUACCAUGGCGACCCUACUUUAAAGGAUUGCCAGAAAUGCCCGAAACAUUGUAUAGGUGAGUGAAGUCAGAGGGAGUCACCAUAGCCAUUUUCACCUCCCAUUCACAUGAAUGAAUACAUGAAUGCAUUAAAAAAAAUACGACCACUGACACAAGUCAGACAAUGUUCUCAUGAAUUCUUACCUAUUUUUGUUUUUUUCCAGAGUCUGAUAAAUACACUGACUGCAAAAAAAAGUGUCAGAGGUAAGAGAGAACAAUCCGCACAUCUCGUGAAAACACAAAUAUGUUCAGAUUAUUUGGUUUGUGACAGAAUGGAUAGAGUUAUAAGGCAAAAAUGGAAAGAAAAAAUCUGCACACUGUAAAUAAAUUUCUAAGGCACUAUAUUGCUUUUGUUUCUGUGCAAUACAUUUUAUACUGAUUCUGGUCCUUGACCUUUUUGUCUGAACUUUAAAUGGGUGUUGGUGGUCAAAUAAGCCUGGCAUGGUUUUAGCUAAGGGGGAAUGUGGUCUCAGUGUAAGACCCGAGGAAACUUCUGCCAUUCUGUGGAAAUUGCCAUAUGCAUUUUCUUUUUUAUUUCUGUCGAAGACAGAGAGUACUUGUGGUUUUACUGACGCCCUGCACUCCCUGUGCUAAGCUGUGUGGCUGUUGGUGUAAAAAUGAAGGUGCCUUGGUUAAGACUGUAAAGAUAGCUCUGCUGACAAAUAACUGCAACUUUGCAUAGAAGGUAGUCUGUUUUUACUUUAAAAUUUGCUUAAAGGUUCAUUUACAACUUUUUAAUUUAGACCAAGACAACCGUUAGGUACCCAGAUGAACAGAUGAACAUUGCAACAGCCUGCUUUCUGGAAAGCUUCUUUCGACUGAUGCUGAAGGAUAAAGCAUACCUAUCCAAACUGUUAGUUAUGUGAGCACAUGAGGAAGAAAGGAAGAUCUUUUUAGCAUAAAUUCAUUCCACAAUUAUCAAUAAAAAAUGAAGUAAGCUAUCUGAGGUAGGCAUUGCCAGCAGAGAGCAGAUGUAUUUUUAUUCCAAAUGUCCUCUUGUAUAUCACAAUAUCACAACAUAUAAUCCAAGAAAAACAGAGAAACUAUAUAUUUUCUGUUUUUUAAACAAAUGUAGCCUUACAUAAAUGUAUAACAAAGUUUGGCACUACAGUGGGAAUGUUUGUUUUGAAAUCCAUCACUGCUGAUAUUUUUCUCAGAGAAGUAAGAUAGCUUGUAGUGGUCAGUCUUAAUGAUCACUGCAGAAACUGUCAAGGCACCAUCUUUGGUUUAAAGACUGGAGAAUGCUGAAAUUGUUUUUUUUAUUGAAUGGAAAUAUGCUUCACCUGUUGUUCAUGUUAGUUUAUUCCUUUUUCAGCAAUUCUACCUCCACAGAUCCAUUGACAGCUAAUACUGGAUCUGCAACUACAUCUUCAACGACAUCAAUGGCUACCAAAACUGCAUCAACAGGGACUAUAUCUACAAAAAUCCCACCUGAAUGUUAGUUUUUAGACCUGUUCUGUACGUGAACAAUUACAUGGCUGAUUAACUGACUGAAAUUGUGUGGCUUUUAUUCGCUCUGGGUACUGAUCAGCUGAAUGUCAGUAUUUCUGUGUCCAAAGCAGGGAGCCUAUCACCCUGGUUUUUCUUGUUGGUGGUUGCCCUUGUGACUUUGCUGGUGCUCUCCUGGCUCCUGCUCCUCAACAGGAACCCUCGCAAAUCCCCUGCCAGCUGGCCCUGCUGGGGCACCAACAAGGACCUGGAGCUGGAGCCCAAUUUUACUGGUAACUUAAGUUUGAAGUGUAACCAAACAUGCACAAGUUUCUUACAAAAGUCAGUAUACUUGGAGCACACGUUGUUCUUUUACUAUCCUUUAUUUUUUCAAUAACUUAUAUUUCAUGUAAUUUUGUGCCUUAUAUUUAACAUGCAACAUACUAUAUGUGGUCGUCUUAGCAAGACAUAUUGCUAUAUAUGAGAGGACCCUAAUUAAGAAGUAAUCACAGAUAUUAUACCAGUUUAUACCAUAACUGAACACUGCCCUGAGGUUUUUUGUCUACGAUGAUAAUUAUAUUUUGGUGAGUUAGAGUACAUUCUGCUUUUAAUGCUUCUGUAUUCUAUUAGCUCCCUCUGUCUCAGUGUAAGGACAAUUCAAGCUGGAGACUUAAAUGGUCACAUUUAAGUAUUUCCACAAAAAUAAAUAAAUAAGUAAAAAUUUUACAUAAAUUCCAACCACUGAGAUUCUGUUUUCUAUGAGUGUGCUUCUCUCUGUUUAGACUGAAGCGUGCUGAUAAUAUCUGCUUUCCUCCUCACAGAAAACGGCAGUCAUCACGGCAGCAGUCCAACCACAGUGGUAAGUGUGAAGUUCUGUACAAUUUCUGCUCUGCUCAGAUCAUCAUAUAGAUUGGAGCACUUCUGUAGGUAGACAGCCAGAGGACAGAGAGAAAAACAAGCACGCAAAUGUCAAUUUGGGCAAGGCUGAUUGCAUUUUGUGGUUAAACAAAGCUAUAACUGAAGUGAUAUUUCAUGAAGGUUUUACUGGUGUUUCAGGAAGGUUGAUAAGUGUCACUCGCUGUUCUGACACUUUCGCAAGAUGUUCACAACAAUGAACUCUGCUUCUCUUCUUGUUUGCCCUUCUUAGACAUUAAACAUACCUGAGGAAACUCCCAUGAUGACUCAGAGUCAGAGUCCAGCCACACAAGAACCUCCCACACCAGCCCACAUCAGUCCUCUUUUACUAGGCACUGAACAUAAAGGUAAGUUUCACCACUUGAUGCUUGGUGAUGAUGCACAGCCUGUAAACAAGCUAACUUGUUGACAUUUGUUCAGUAUCUUAUCAUGCUUGACAUCUAUUCCUCUCACAGAUGCUUUAUAGCAAAUAUGGUAAUACAUUACCACUGGUAUUUAGCUUUAAGUUUUCAGAUGAAAGAAGUGGCUGUGUACACGUAAGACAGAUUUUAUGUGAGGUUUUAAGCCGUUUGGAAUUUAAUUAUUUCAUGUGGAGGUAUUCAGAGGAGGUACUCUACAAAUAACUCACAUGACUGUUUAAUAGAAGAGGAGCAGGGUUGGCAAAUCAAAAAGAACUGUAACUUCAGAGCUCUAUUUAACUCUAACUUCAACUAGAGAGCAAAAUCUUCCAUCUAAAUCCCAGUAGUGAUUUUGGAGGAGCAUAGCCUUAACAAAAUGCUGAGAAGUUUGAUUAAACAAUCAGCUGGAUUUUUUGUCAUGCUAAAGGACAUUUCAGAGGAAUGGAAGUUUGUCUGUUUAUAAUACAGGUCCUAAUGCUGCUCAUACCAAAUAUGGUGUGAAGAAAAAAACAGAAUCCCCUGAGGUGUGAUAUCUUGAGCUCCAACCUUCUCAUCUUUGCCUGUUCAGCAUAAUAGUUAUCACUGAUCAGCCACAUGGCCCAUGAUGUGGAGGUGGACGCAGGGAAACAGGACGUCCUUCCUUUUUUUUUUUUCUUCUUCUUCUUCUUUUUUUUUUUUUUGCAUCAGCCAACUUGUCAACUUCAAAGUGAACAGCAAAUCAGAUAGUGAAUGCGUGCAGAUAUAACCAUGAAACUUUGCAUCUGUUUACGUCACUAUGCAACUGAAUAUAAAGUGAAAUGAAAAACUUCAGGGCAUGUUUAGAUCUCAAUUUUAGACCUCAGUGUUGUCGUGUGUCAUUGUUACUUUGUAAAGUGAUCCAAUCAUGUGGCUGUAAAGUGUUUUGCCAUAGGUUUUUCAUUAACCUUGUAUACUUUUUCAGACAAGAAAAUAUGCAAAACACAGUCUGAAAUCUUUACUUAUUUCACUGGCCACAGUGCAGCAGUUGUACAAACCCUAAAUAUUGUGUUUUAUUUUUGAAAAAGUUGAGUCCUUUUCUAAGAUAGUCCAAGCAGAUGUAACUCAGACAAGAAUAAGUGGCAAACAUGAAUACAUUGAGAAUAACAAAUAAAUAACAUGUCUCCUAGUGCAACAAUGUGACUUUCUAAUGUGUUCUCUGAUGUGUUUAUUAGGAAACAGAGUUCUGUAGCACAGAGGAACCACAUCUAUAAGGUUUUUUAACUUCUUUAUUUUUGUGGAAUUUGUAAACAGUCAGUUAAUCAGAGGAAACCCCCAAACUAAUCCAGUGAAAGCAUGUGAACCUCAAUGACUGCUGGGAGUUUCUCUGCCCUUUCUGUACCAUGUUGUCCUUUAGUUUAGCUUGUACUGGAUUAAAGUUUUCCAAACAACAAAACAAACAUAUUUAUCCAGUGGGAUGACUUGGUACAUUGGAACACCAGGACUAAAUGUAUGGCUUUAAUAUAACAGAAAGGUUUUAUCUUAAUGUGGCAUCAGCACACUGGGUGGUUGUCACUUUAUCACUGGUCACUUUAGUUUAAUGUACCUUGGUUUUUUAAUUGCACUCCUCCCACUGCACUGUUGUUCUGUAUUGUGUAGUUGUACAUAGCCUGUUAUACUUACUGUACAUAGCAUUGUACAUAGCCUUUUAUACUUUUACACUUUAUAUAUGUCCUGCAUGCUCUUAUUAUUUUCUAUUCUAGUAUUUUAUGUAUUAUUCUCCAUUUAAUGUUGCACCACCACACCGUAAAAAAUUCCAGGUCCUGUUCAUUGACAAUGGCAAUAAAACCCCUUCUGAUUCUGAUUCUUCUUCUGAAAGUUUUGCAGAUGACCUGGUUUUCCACCAUUAAUGUCCUUUGAUUUGUGUAAUUCUCCCCUUAUAGCUGCAAACCAAGAUGAGGAAUCCGACCAAUGGCCUGCCAUCGUACUCUAUGCUAUUAUCAAGGAGGUGCCCUUACGUAGGUGGAAGGAGUUCUUGCGUCUGCUCUCAAUGGCUGAUCAGCAACUGGAGCGGGUGGAGAUGGAGGCUUGUUUUGGUCUGGGCUUAAUGGAGAGGCAGUACCAGAUGCUUAGACUGUGGAGUCAGCGCUCCUCUGCAAGCCUGAGAGAUGUCUUCUCUGCCUUGUACCACAUGGAUUUAUCAGGCUGUGCCCAGCUGCUGCAGGAAAGCCUGGAAAAGCUGCAGUAUGAGGCUAAACCGAAGCAAGUUGUUGCAGUGAGCAGAAAUGACACAAUAGACUGCACAAUAGAGAAAACCUGAGGUUGAACCUGAAGUGCAUGUCCCACACUACCAUUCAGUGAGAUCAUCAGUGCCUCAAUCUUGGGCACCUCUGCAAAAGACUAAAAUCUUCAAGUAGCUGAAGAGGAGAAACUAUACCUACUUUAUGGUUCUACUACAGAAAAACUUCAAUAAUGACCUGGUAAUUCAAAGGUAAACAAGGUAAACAUUCAAAGGUAAAAACCAACUAAAACUGAUGCACAUUAUGCGCUGAUGAAAUUCUGAUGGGGCUAAACUGAAUUGGAGUUUUUCUCCUUUCAUUCGCUCCUCUGAUGGGCAAAUUUAAUUACAAUCUCUCCAGCCAAGUAGGUUUAUGGA